AUCUCCAGCCCGCACGAGCUCACGGAAUGGGUGGACAAGCUGGCUGACAGUCUAGAGGCUAGGUUCGGAGAGAUGAGUCAACAGGUGGAGGCGAGAAUGCGCGAAAUGUCGACGCGCAUCGACGCGAUCGAAUCGAGCAUCGAAGACCUCAUUCAAGGCGCAAUAGCCCCCGUACCAUCGUCA